AUGGCCGUCCAGUCCCCGCCGCCCGUCGUGUCCUAUCGCGUCGAGUCGUCGAUCGACACUCUCGCCACUUCAGAGUCGUCGUCAAAUGGCGCGGUCAAUGGAGCUCUGGAAACGAAGAGUAGCGAGAAUGCCCAGCCAGAGUUGACCAUUCGAACCUCGCCUACGUCUCACAAUAGAUCGGACGACGAUGAGCCGCCCCAGUCGGUGAUUCAUGCUCCGCCGGGAUUUGGCGACUUCACCAAGAUGCAGGUUGAGCCGGCGGGUGCGGCCGACGAGGAGGAAGAACAGUUACCAAGCUCAGGUCUGACUGGCUCGACGACGGUCACGGAUACGCCCAGGCGGUAUGGCUGCAGUCCGGUGUCGCCGCCGCCGCUCACAACGACGAUCACUGCCGCCAAAGAUUGGUCGGACCGCGCGACGCCUCGGGCCCAAACAAGACAUGAGUUUGAAGAAGCCGGGCGACGUACUCGUUCAAGCAGCCUGGAAGGUAUGCGAUCCCCCGGAUGCGGCAGGCUCUCCCCGUUACUGACCCAGUUUGAAGAUAUACCCGAAGGCAAUUUUACCGGGAAAGAAGCCGAAAUCAAUGCGUUAAGGACGGCCCUCGCCGAAUGCUGGACACUUUGCAAUACGCUGGCUAGUUUAAGUUAUAUCAAUCGAGAACGACUGCUCAAGUCUCAUGAGGACGACAUGCAAGAGGAUGCGUGGCGAUCAUGUUGGCGGUUGUGCCAGAAACUAUACGACACGCGUGACGAUGAUUAUGCAUCGCAGGUGAAUCCCACCCUGGACCUGUGCCGAGACUUCUGUCAAGCGUUAUUUGAAGUUCGAGUCCGCGAUAGUGACCUGGCGGACUCGGUCUUGCGCGUGAGCUUUGAGCUCAAUAAUCACCUUUAUAAUACGCACGACCGCAAUCUGCCCGACGCGUUUCGAGAAAGAACGUUGGAUUUUUACAUUACCUUGUGCCAUCGACUCAUGAAACAACGAACCCGACUAACCGAAACCGACUCCCUCCUCAGCGCGUGUUGGACCCUAGCGGAGAUGCUGUUUAGCAUCCGCCAGAGCAAACGAGAGGGCAAACCCCUUGAUGAAGAUCUGCUCGGGUCUGCGGUGCAAGCAUGCUGGGAGCUCUGCGACAUCUUCCGCGAGGGAUGGACGCUCCACAAUCUGCGCAAUUCUGAUCGAGGGACCCCGCGGCCCAGCCAGACAACGUUCACUCAGGCAUUCCAUCAAGCGACCCAGUCGGAGAUGGACUUUGUAGAUGACCCCUUGGGCCAAGCGGGCAACCCCGAGACUCCCACGACCAUAUUCGAGGAUAUGGCAACGAUCUCCCCGGAUGAGGCGCCGGUACCAAAUAUCCUUGUGCUGGGGCAUGGCAGCGGACACAGCGCGCAUGCCAAAUGGUCCUCCAACGCGUCGAGCAUCUCAGAGAAGUCACGAUCGUCUGGGCAGACAGCAUCGUCCUCAAACACGGUGACUACCGUGUCCGAGGACCCCAAUUUCAUACGACUCAAAAUCCUGAUCACCAAAGCCGCCAUAAAUAGUGGCUAUCAACGGGGCGGCACGCAGAACCUCUCGGCCUUUGUCAAGUCUCUUUCGUCCGAUGCGUUCGGGGCGGCGCCCUGGCAAACCGCAUUGCUGAAGAACUACCGUAAGCUGGUGACCUUUGAUCCCGCAUUCCGCACGGCCGGCCAACAAGCCCGGGUCAGCGCGGUCGACGUCGCACAUGCAUGUCAAGCGAUGGUGCACGGCGGGCAGUAUUCGUGGCUGCGCGACCUGUAUCGACUGGUCUUCGGCUUUCACAUGGAAGAAGCGAUGGGGCGCAAAGGGGUCAUAAUCCAAACCUAA